AUGGUUCAACAAAACGGUAUGCCAUCCUUUGCUUCAACUGAAGCCGACACUGAUUUUGGUUUCAUCAGUUCAGUCUCUGGUCCAGUCGUCAUUGCCAACAAGAUGUCUGGUGCUGCUAUGUACGAAUUGGUUCGUGUAGGUAAAUCAGAACUUGUAGGUGAAAUUAUUAGAUUGGAAGAUGAUACAGCAACCAUUCAAGUAUACGAAGAAACUGCUGGUCUUACCAUUGGUGAUCCAGUACAUCGUACUCGUAAGCCAUUGACUGUAGAAUUGGGUCCAGGUAUUAUGGAUAACAUUUUCGACGGUAUUCAAAGACCAUUGAACGCCAUUGCAAAGAUUACUGAAGGUAUUUACAUUCCACGUGGUAUCAACACCCCAUCACUCGACAGAAAGAAAAAGUGGGCUUACGAACCAGCCAACAACGUCAAGGUUGGUGAUCUCGUAACUGGUGGUGACAUCUUUGGUAAGGUCGUCGAAAAUAACCUCAUUGUUCACUGGAUCAUGGUCCCACCAAAGGAAAUGGGUAAGGUCGUCGAAAUCACUGCCGCCGGUGAAUACACCCUCGAUCAAGUCCUCUUGACCAUCGAAUUCCAAGGUCAAGUCAGAAAAUUAACUAUGGUUCACAACUGGCCAGUACGUUCUGCUCGUCCAUCCAUUGAAAAGCUUCCAUGUAACUAUCCAUUGUUGACUGGUCAACGUGUUUUGGAUGCUUUGUUCCCAUGUGUCCAAGGUGGUACUUGUGCUAUUCCAGGUGCUUUUGGUUGUGGUAAGACUGUAAUUUCACAAUCUUUGUCUAAAUUCUCCAACUCUGAUGCUAUUAUCUACGUCGGAUGUGGUGAACGUGGUAAUGAGAUGGCUGAAGUAUUGAUGGAGUUCCCAGAGUUGUUCACCAAGAUUGGUGACCGUGAAGAACCAAUUAUGCAACGUACUUGUUUGGUUGCCAACACCUCCAACAUGCCAGUAGCUGCUCGUGAAGCUUCCAUCUACACUGGUAUUACUCUUGCCGAGUACUUUAGAGAUAUGGGUUACAACGUUGCUAUGAUGGCUGACUCUACCUCUCGUUGGGCUGAGGCUCUCAGAGAAAUUUCCGGUCGUCUUGCUGAAAUGCCUGCCGAUUCCGGUUACCCUGCCUACUUGGGUGCUCGUCUCGCCUCUUUCUACGAGCGUGCUGGUCGUGUCUCAUGUAUCGGUCAUCCAACCCGUACCGGUUCCGUCUCUAUUGUCGGUGCCGUCUCUCCACCAGGUGGUGAUUUUGCCGAUCCGGUAACUUCUGCCACUCUUGGUAUCGUCCAAGUUUUCUGGGGUCUCGACAAGAAGUUGGCCCAACGUAAGCAUUUCCCAUCCAUCAAUUGGCUCAUUUCCUUCUCCAAGUACAUGACCUCCCUCGACCCACAUUAUGAACAAAUGGACUCUGAAUUCGUCCCACUCCGUACCAAGGCCAAGGAAAUCUUGCAACUUGAAGAAGAUUUGUCUGAAAUCGUCCAAUUGGUCGGUAAGGACUCGCUCGGUGAAUCCGAAAAGAUCACCCUCGAAGUUGCCAAGAUCCUUCGUGAUGAUUUCCUCCAACAAAACGGUUUCACCCCAUACGAUAAGUGCUGUCCAUUCUACAAGACCGUCUGGAUGCUCCGUAAUAUGAUUACUUUCUACUCAUGUGCCCAAAAGGCCGUCGAGUCGUCCACCCCAGACCACAAGGUCACCUGGAACCAAAUCCGUCACGAAAUGUCCGACACUCUCUCCAAAAUCACUGCCAUGAAAUUCCAAGACCCAACUGAUGGUGAAGCCGCCCUCGUUGCCCACUUUACAAGAUUAAACGAAGAAAUUAUUGCCAACUUUGCCAACCGUGAUCAAUAA